UUCUCCUCCUCCCCUCAUCACUACCUAGCACGUCUUUCCUGCCUUUCCCCACUUUACACUGUCUGGCCCUGUUCCUCCCGCUCUCUUUCUCCAAAAUAACUACGGCAUGCUAUGGCGCUUUUCGCAAAUCACAACUCUGUCUACGUGGCGCUGCACAUCCCUCUUAUUCACUAUCUUUUCUCAUUCUUCGAUUUCACCUCUCCUGUUGCAGGCAUCGGGGCUUCUGCAGGAUCGGCGUCCGGACUCAUACCCUCUUACGAUGUUUUGUAUUAUACCGGGGUACGUGCAUACUUUAGCGAGGAGUGGGAGAAAGCCGCGGAGCUGCUCGAAAAGUCGAUGACGACCCGGGAGGCUCUGUUUCGGACACGACGGCAGUGCCAUGAAGAAUGUCUGCCAGCGGGACAUGACAGGCUCCCAAAACUGGGUGUGUUUGUGUUUACUGUGUUGUAUGUGGUCGAUUCAUAGGACACCGAGAAAGGGAAUGUGUGGGAUCUAUGGGCAGUGGACUGGGUCCAGCGGCGGGCUGAGUGUGUGCGGUUCUGUUUGGGACGGGCUGUCACUCCUGCAGGACAGCUUCCUGUGUCUGCCGACAUCGAGUACGAGUUUAGCACCCGGAACCCCUAUAACUUCCUCCAGGUCGUCUACUGGAAUCUAGGGAAAGUACAAAAGGCGGCGUCAGCAGCCCACACAUUCUUCGUGGCCAACCCCAGCCACCUGGAGAUGAGGAACAACAUUGAGAAGUAUAGACGGAUGGAGGGAGUAACAGAGGACGCAUUCCAGGAUAGAGAGAUGGAGACAGAGAAACACUGGGUCCUGUAUGACUCCGCCCUCACCUCUGAGGCCUCCUUUGAUUGGACGCACGCCGUGGAGAAAUGGAGGGAGUGUGUGAACGAGACACUGAGACAGACUGAUGAGUGUAGGGCGCAGUGUGAGGUCGCCUCACAGCGGCUCCCUGGGAACAGAGGAGAGGAUGGAAUGGACGGGGUGUUUGAGAAGGCUGCAGCACUCUCCCUCUCCCUCCUGUCCUGCCAGCAGGCCUGUGUGACCCAGGUGGCAACGCGACCCGGAAGGAUUUCAGCCCAGGAGGACCUCCUACCCACACAGCUGGAGCAUCUACACAGUGCACAGUUCAAAGCGGGCGAUCUAGGAGGAGCGGUGUGUUCUCUGCGGUCUCUCCUCCUGUUCUACCCCUCAGACAAAGACUCCCUCAGUAACCUAGAGCUCUACACAGAGACACUAGGAGGUGACACUGAGGCACACGGGACAAAGCCCUUCCAGGAGAUAGCCAGGUAUGUGAGCCGCUCACUGCAGGAGAAAAAGCUACUCUACUUCGGAAUGGAAAACCUCAACUUUAAUUUCACCGACCCGGAUCUCUGGACUCCUGAGGAGGUUGUUCCUGAAUUUCUAAAAGACACAUGGAGAGCAGACAAGGAAGUGCUGAAUGAGAAAAUGAAGGAGGGAGAGAAAGAGGUGGAGAUGGACGAUAGUGGAUUCUAUGCAGGGGGUCCCGUACCUCAGGUUGGUGUCACCAUCAGCAUGGACGACAAUUCUUUAAAUGGAACUAAUCGCGUCAUGCUGGACGGAGUUCUAGAUCAGAAGGAAUGCGAUACAGUACUGCGCCUAGCUACCACUGCUGCGUCCGCUGGGGAUGGUUACCGGGAGCGACGGUCCCCACACACUCCACAUGAGAAGUUUGAGGGCCUGACUGUCCUCAGAGCUGUCAAGUUGGCUCAGGACGGCAUGGUGAACCAAUCAGACGCUAAGCUUCUGCAUGAGAUGGGGGAGAGGGUGAGAACCCUCCUGCACUCCUACUUCAGGAGCCCCUCAGGGCUCCAUUUCUCCUACACACAUCUAGUGUGCCGCAGUGCCAUCACAGGGGACCAGGAGGGGAGACUGGACCUGUCUCACCCUGUUCAUGUGGACAACUGUCUACUGGAACCUGAGACCAGACAGUGCUGGAGAGAACCACCUGCCUUUACACACAGAGACCUGAGCGCUGUGCUUUAUCUGAACGACGACUUUGACGGUGGGGAGCUCUUCUUCACAGACAGGGAUGCCAAGACUGUCACAGCCCGGGUGAAGCCCACCUGUGGUCUACUGGUGGGGUUCUCCUCCGGUCCUGUCAACCCUCAUGGUGUGACCGCUGUGACCGCCGGCCGCAGGUGUGCACUGGCCCUCUGGUUCACCAAGGAGAAGCACCACAGGGAUAUGGAGAGGGAGGAGGCCGAGGCCCUGUGGGCUGCGGAUGGACAGAGUGUGACGAAAGGAGGAGAAGUCAAAGAGGAGGGAAGAGAGGGCACCGCUUCCCCUGCUCGGAGUGGUAGAAGCGGAAGCCAGUCGUCGAGGAGUAGAGGGAGGGGCAGGGUGACAGGGGGAAAGGACGAGCUGUGAUGAGCUGCUGUGAUGGAUUUAAAGACUGAACCACCCACGCUGAACAACGGGGUAGUCCUGUUCACCUCCCUGUCCUACUUGGUGGACCGUCCCGGUCCAGCCACCAGUCCCCUCUCCCAAAAGACCAUGAACUCUUCUCUAUUUUUACACCAGGCUUUUCAAUCCCUACCCACGCUCUCUCGCUACCUCUUUUCCUCUCUCUCUCUGUGAGACCAUUUGUGAAAGAAGGUAUUUUUUGUGCAUCUUUCCAUCCCCUCCAUUGACAAUCAGUCCAUUUGUGUUACAGUGUAGGCCUUAGUGUUUGCUGUGUGUUACAGUGUAGGCCUUAGUGUUUGCUGUGUGUUACAGUGUAGGCCUUAGUGUUUGCUGUGUGUUACAGUGUAGGCCUUAGUGUUUGCUGUGUGUUACAGUGUAGGCCUUAGUGUUUGCUGUGUAAUAAUUGUUACAUACCUGCUGGAGAAAAGUAAGAGAAAUUGAAUAAAAGGUAUUCAAAAUGGCGGAGAGAGUGGCAAGAGUGGGAAUGAAAAGGCCAUAGCCGAGGUGCUUCUGAAGUGGCAUCUCCCCUCUGUCGGGAAAGAGGUAUAAGUGGGAGAGAGAGAAUUUAGAAAUCCCCUUUAUUGGGUCAAUGCCAUACAUUGCACGUUAAAACCAUGACCUAUUAUACAUUGACAUCCACAACCCUGUCCAAGGUUAAAAGAUCAACCCCAAACAUCCUGCAUGAUCAACUGUUUAACCCUUUACACGUAAAACGCUAUCCACGACGUCAGAGCUCUGGCUUUGCGCUUCACAGCGCUGUAUGGGUUUUGACUGACCGCCGUUUUGGAUUUGAGCACCGCGCACGACAAGACGUUGCCCCCGGAUCCCACCUGGUAAUUGGGCCACCUUCGCAAAUGUUUUGUUGACUGAGUGAGCGAAACGCGGUAAAUUACGAUGACUCAAUGUAUUCUGAAAGAUGAGACGUUGAGGGUUAUAAUAAAUACAGCUUUGAUGUCAUACAAGCAAGACAAACACCCAUAGGGACCAAACGUGCACUUCACAUUUCCAAAUCAUAAAACUCAUGUCAUAUACAGUGUCAACGUUUAUGAUCACUAUGUUUGAUGUACAGUUAGAAGAUGACAUGGCGUCAUACCCUGGGUUGUUCUGAACAGAAUGAGUUUACGUUUGUUUAUUGUUAAGAAAAUGUGCCGUGGCACGCGCUCCUCCUCAUGACUCCUUUCAAUGCGCACCAAAAUGACGAUCUGUUUCUCUGAAUUGCCUUGUGAAAGCCUAACACUGGAAGAUCGUACAAAACGGGUUGGCAACAGAACAAGCUUUCAAAUCACGCUCACCUGACCCAGAUUGUAAUUUUACAAUGGACCGUUUUUGGAUUGCGUAAAAACAACACCAGUAAUUCUGUGAUGGCAGGUGAUGCAGGGUUGCUUUCCAAACCAAACAACCACAAGUGUGCUUGCUCUAGUUCCUCAACGGCACAGCUGGGAGAGCAUUUUCCAGGAAUAUCUUUUCAUAAUACUGAAUGUAUCUAGAUCAUUUUCUGAUUUCGUUGUCAACAAAAGCGGCGAAAAGUACAGUAAAUGUCAAAUGCA